AUGAGAGUCGAGUAUAUCUCGUACAAAAACUACUUCAGCCUGCACAUCUGUGACCGGUACCCUGGGCGGGAGCUCUUCAUCAAAUUUGACAUCGACACGCUACCGCUACGCCUGCUUCCUCCUCUACGCUUUGCAGCCAACACCAAUCGCAGGCUGUACCCAGGACAUCUGCUUAUUGCGGGGCAGUAUCAGAUGCUUAAGUUGCCUGCAUCCUCUGUUAUUCAAUACAACUCGGGCGACGAGCCACCCAUUCUGUGUGUACCCGACGAUGGGAACGUCUGGGUCAAUUAUGACCUACUCCAUCCAAUCAACGCUUAUCCCCACUACGAGCGGGCUUGCAAAACACACGAGCCAUCUGACUGGCUCACUCUCUGUCAGUACAUCAACCGCGACAAGACAGCUCCCAUGAACUAUCCGGUCCUAUGGACUCCCAUGCUGCUAUCGCUUCUAUGCGGUGCUUACAGAACUGUUGUCGUCGGAUCCCCGCACGACUCUGUUGCGAUCUGCAACUAA